AUGAGCGCAGACAUUUGGUUCAGAGGCUGGAAGUCGAAAGAUGGCCAGAAGCUAGCUGAUAUACAAAUUAUGCGGCUUAUUACUCUCACGAAUCAAUGGCAACACAAUGAAACAACUGAUAUGUUGAGCGUUUGGGCCUCAGACCCUUCUACUGAGUUCUGGGGGUUUCAACCUUCCCACUCUGAGAGCGCCUGGGUACGAGAAUGUUUACAGGUCAAAUUACCAGCGUUGGGAUACUAUAAGAUGACUGAGGACUAUAAGAGGAUUUCUGCACGCCGUCGAGUCCUCCUGAUCAUUCUCUAUGAUAUCAUCGAAAGAGAAAUAUUGCGACUGCAAGCAUGUUUCUCUGCCCAGCCUAACAAGUUUCUUACUACAGCGAUCAGAAAUAUUUUGGAACAGGCCUAUCCCGGAUAUAACAACAAGCUGUUAUAUGAUCAAUGCAUCAGAUGUCAUCGCUAUGGACAGAAUUUUGAGAGACCCAUGAUAGGGAAUAUUGAGAUGGAGGCUCUUGUUGCAUUUUCUAAAGCAACUUACGACAAAAGCUAUCAAGAGCAACUGCAGAAGACAUUUGAAUGUAUCCUGAAUACAUGUCCUUUGGAACAAAAGAGCACAUAUGAUAUCUGGCUUCCUUCGAUUUCGACGCGAAAACGUUAUCGGAACAAGGCCAAAAGAAUCCAGGAUACACUGAAUCCUGCAUCGACCCAAACA